AUAGAGAGAGAGGGGGAGAGAGGAGAAAGAAAGAGACAGACUUCAAGAGAGAAGAAGACUAUGGCGAAUGAGUGAUCGACUAUACAUUGAGGGAGAGAGUCAAAAGAGAGUGAGUCCACCUGUUAGACAGAGGGAGUAUUUAUCUACCCUGAAGCUGCAGGAGCUGGACUGACCAGUUAUUCAAUAGACCGAGAGCUCUGAAACCUAAAACACCCUUACCCUCUGAACUCUGCCCUUUUCACCCUUCUCUGGAUCGGGGUGUGUGAGAGGUGAAGUCAUGCUUGCAGCCCGCAGCAGUGGAGGAGGGGUGGGAGGUCACAACGGUCCCCCAGGACACAGAAAACACUCUGUAGCGUCGCUGAGUGGGAGCAGAGGCCACUGUAACGCUCAGGAUGGCAGUAAGGAUAGACGCAGUUCCACCCCAGGCCAGCAGGCUGCAGCACCAAACAGAAGCAAGGCUGCACUGAUUAGAGAGAUGGAGACCCACUGGUAUCUGAAGAUGUGUGGACUUGCAAGGGGGGAUUCUGUGGCUCAAAAGACAGGCAUGCUGUACAGGAACCUGGGGAAAUCAGGACUUAGAGUGUCGUGUUUGGGACUGGGUACCUGGGUAACGUUUGGUGGUCAGAUUACAGACGAGGUGGCUGAGCAACUGAUGACCAUGGCGUAUGAGAGUGGAGUCAACCUGUUUGACACAGCGGAGGUGUACGCUGCUGGAAAAGCUGAAGUCAUAUUGGGUAACAUCAUCAAGAAGAAGUGCUGGAGACGAUCAAGUCUGGUCAUCACUACCAAGCUGUACUGGGGAGGAAAAGCAGAGACUGAGAGAGGCCUUUCAAGGAAACACAUUAUUGAAGGUCUGAAGGGCUCCCUCCAGAGGUUGCAGCUGGAAUACGUAGACGUGGUCUUCGCAAACCGCCCCGACACCAACACACCCAUGGAGGAGAUUGUGAGAGCCAUGACUUAUGUGAUCAACCAGGGGAUGUCCAUGUACUGGGGGACUUCUCGAUGGACAGCCAUGGAGAUCAUGGAGGCGUACUCUGUGGCCAGACAGUUUAACCUGAUCCCUCCAGUGUGUGAGCAGGCUGAGUACCAUCUCUUCCAGAGGGAGAAGGUGGAGGUCCAGCUUCCAGAACUCUACCACAAGAUAGGUGUCGGGGCGAUGACGUGGUCUCCGCUGGCCUGUGGCAUCAUCACGGGGAAGUACCAGAACGGCAUCCCAGAAACCUCCAGGGCAUCCAUGAAGUCGUAUCAGUGGUUAAAGGAGAAGAUAGUGAGUGAGGAUGGGAGGAAACAGCAGGCGAAGCUGAAGGAGCUGGGACACAUCGCUGAGAAGCUGGGCUGUACUCUCCCACAGCUGGCCGUGGCCUGGUGUUUGAGGAACGAAGGGGUGAGCUCAGUCCUCCUGGGAUCUUCCAGUCCAGAGCAGCUAACAGAGAACCUGGGUUCCAUACAGUUCCUUCCAAAAAUGACGUCUCAUGUGGUGUCGGACAUCGAUCACAUACUGGAGAACAAGCCGUACAGUAAGAAGGAGUAUCGCUCCUAGACACCCAGGAGGAAGCAGAGCCACAACUGUACAACCACUGUGGAUCCAGUUCCACCAACCAUCUGGGCUCAGCCUCCAUGGGGUUUCAGCUCAGUCUAAUCCCAGCCUAGUUCAGGCCUGCUCUGCUCAGAGCCCCAGCUUUCUUAGCCCAGUGUAACCAAGCUUAGUUCAGCCUAACCAAGCUCACCCUCUGCCUAGACCAGCUUUCAGCCCAGCUUUCAGCUCAGCUUACUCUUAUCAGUAGAUUCUCUGACUCCUGAGUUUAUUAACCAUGUAGAUGCAUGCUUCCCAUCUCUGGUGUGCCUGGACUUUCUCUUCAUAAGCACAUUAUACAAAACAACACAGAAGUGGGUUAAUACUUAGAAUAUACCGUAAGCUUCUUCUACAAUUCAUUUUGAAAACAAACUCUCUCCAGCCAGUCUACUGUAUUUGACACUUGUUUGACCUUUGCAAAGCAGAGCACCCUGGGACAUUAAGUUUCAGUGACAGGGGUUUGUUGUCUGCGAGGGGUAGACUGUGCAUGUUGUCGCCCCCCUCUGGUCGUAUAAGGUACUGCUAUGAAUAUCUUUAAUAGAUUCUCUGCGAGAGAGAUAUGGAAAAUCUCAAUUGCAUUUCCUUGGGAGAAUCUCAAUCGCACACUCCUUGCGUCCUCUCUCCUCACCUCUUUCGCAAAACCCAUUGGUGGAGAAGAUCAGAGGGGAGGGACCUCUGGGUUUCUCAUCCAAUUGGUUUUGAGGAGGAGGCGAGGAGAGAGGAUGCGAGGAGUCAAGGAAAGGCAACAGAGACUGGUCUCACAGAUGGUCUCCUGUGCUGUACUGGGUACUGUCUGUUUGCAGCCAUAGAGGACACUCCUGCCUCUGAAUUGAACCUGCAUCGUUGAUUGCUGAUGUGAAUCAGGGAUAGCACAAGCAACUCUGUGACACGACCUCCCACCAGACCAAUGUUACCCGCAGGCGUUGCUUGUUUCAGUGAUAAUGCGAAAGUUAGGUGAAGUAUUUAGAGAAAUUAUAAAGGUAUAUAUUUAUUCUAUAAUAGUAUGUGAAAAUACAUUUCUUCUGCGUGUUUUAAAUGUUUUGUCUUUCAAGGGUGUAUCUAUUAAACUUCAUGGGGAAAACCUUGUAACAUAAACAGAACCAACCUCAAGCCCCCUUUUCAUGCAGAUUCAAAUAAAGCAUUCUCUAAAUAAUCUGUAAGUAUUGUGUAAAUAGUGUUCCACUGUUUCUCCUCUGUCAGCAAAACCGUACAUUCAUGGUCGUUUGGGCCUGAUACCAGUCCUCCUCCGCUCCUGGGUUUUACCCAUUUAGCUUAGGCUUCUUUUCUUUAAAAUAGACACAAGGUGGAUUUACCAUUUUAUAAAUAACUCAUUAUGGGAGGAAUGAACAAUGACUUGCUUCGAUGGCUUGCUUGGCAGCUGGUUAAGUCCUACCACAGGAAGUGGUUAAGCCCUACCACAGGAAGUGGUUAAGUCCUACCACAGGAGCUGGUUAAGUCCUACCACAGGAGCUGGUUAAGUCCUACCACAGGAGCUGGUUAAGUCCUACCACAGGAGCUGGUUAAGUCCUACCACAGGAGCUGGUUAAGUCCUACCACAGGAAGUGGUUAAGUCCUACCACAGGAAGUGGUUAAGCCCUACCACAGGAAGUGGUUAAGUCCUACCACAGGAAGUGGUUAAGCCCUACCACAGGAAGUGGUUAAGUCCUACCACAGGAGCUGGUUAAGUCCUACCACAGGAGCUGGUUAAGUCCUACCACAGGAGCUGGUUAAGUCCUACCACAGGAAGUGGUUAAGUCCUACCACAGGAGCUGGCUGGCACCUCGCUAGGGCAGCAAGUAGCCUAGUGGAUAGAGUAUCAGGCCAGUAACUGAAAGGAUGCUGGUUCAAAUCCCCAAGCCGUCAAGGUGCAACAUCUGUUGAUGUGCUCUUGAGCAAGGCACUUAACCUUAAUUUGGGGGGGCAGGCUCAUAGUAAUGGCUGGAAUGGUAUUGAACUCCAUGUGUUUGAUUUCACUCUAUUCCAGACAUUAUUAUAAGCCUUCCUCCCCCAGCAGCCUCCUGUCACACUACCCUGCAGAUUUUGUUUAACCUGUUCAUCAAUAUUUAGUGUUAAGUUCAUGAUAACAUCCAGCCGUCUCGCUUACAGAUGGUUUGCUUACACUUACUGGUAACCGCUGCAUGUUGGAGCAAUCUGAAUUUACCUUCACAUCUUUAGACUGCUCUUCCCCAAUAGGGAUUGAAUCCAGCACUAACAGAGAUCAAUAGUUAAUGAUAGACGUUAGCUAUAUUUCAAUCUGAUGACUCUUCUAUACCUACAGUUGGAAGGUGGCCAGUGAUCAGAUUGGGACCAGCCUUUUCAGUGUGCAGUGAUCCACCCUGCAGAGUGCCUUGACAUGAGCCCUGCUAACAGAACACAGGUGCCCAGUCCCAAAUUAACCCCGUCACCCUCAUCCAUUUAAUGAAAGUAUUGAAUAGGUAUAGACAACAUUAUAAUAGCUCAGAUCUACUCAAGUGCACAGAGUAAAAGCUAAGAGUGGGUUUGAGAUUUGGGUUUCCUGAGUUGUCUGUGUGUGGCAAUGGGUCUGGUCCCAUUCCCUUGACCCGAUCACCUAGCUCUGAAAGGUCGGUGUGAUCUCUGAACAUAAAAGGGCUAGGGCAAGAAGCUAGUGGAUCAAAUGGAACUAGGCCACCAGGAAUGUCACAUGAACUGCCCCAGUUCUACUGACAAGAUACACUGUGUUCUACAGUAUUUAAAUUACCAGGCCGUUAAGUGUUUUCUACAGUACGUAAUGUUAUCAGGAGAGAAUUUACCAACUAUAUUACUGACAAACAUCAGUGUCUCUCUACCCAGAUUCAUGUUAUUUCCUAUCCUGUCAUGAGAACAGUGACCUCUGUACAUACCCUAUAUCAAUUAGUAUGACACUUCCAUUAAUAAAUGUAUAAUACCAAUGAUGAAUUCUA